UACGAGCUCAGAAAGACGGAUGGCAAAGGCAAUGGUGCUUUUGCCCUCAAAGACAUUUCACCCGGGACCAGAAUUCUAGUUGACAAUGCUCUGUUCAUCAUCGAUAAAAACUUGAACCAUAUUGGGAUACACGACGUCCAACAGGCUUUAAGAGGGCUGAGCAACGCCAACCAGGAAAAAUUCCAUGCUUUACCAGUUCCUGACUAUGCCCAAGGACAUUCUGACGAACAUCGACGACUUGCGAUCUUCCACCUCCACAAUCACACCAUCAGAGGUGGAUCGGCGCAUGGCUGCUUCAUCCACGCGAGUCGCUUCAACAACAGUUGUUCGCCAAACUGCGCAAUGGCAUCAAACGACAAGGGCCAGAAACACUGCUAUGUCUUCAAGGACGUCCGUGCUGGUCAAGAGCUGAACUUUGCCUACACUGAUUCGCUGCUGUACAUGACUACUCACGAAAGAUAUGAACACCUUCGUGACUGCCUAGGCGGUCCUUGUCUAUGCACCUUGUGUAUCACUCCAGCUCCGCAACGCGAGGCCAGCGACCUCAGGCGGCGGCUGAUGCGCUACCUGCUAUUCAUUUCGAAGGGCCACGAACUA